AUGGCAGAGAAUGAGUCACAGUGGCCGCCGCCUCCACCUGAUCCAAUGGCAAAAGUCAUUGAAAUGUUUCAACAACUCUCUGCUGAUCAAAAAACUAUUAGUGAGAGGUUACUGCGACUUGAGAACCAAAGUGUUACUCCAAUACAAGGCAGCAAUGUACCAUUCAAGAGGGAGGACAGGUAUCAACUACAAUCUACUGUGCAUCGUCAACAUAGGAGAAGUGCUGAAAGGGCACAACAAAGAACCCCUACAGCACCACCUACCUUUGAGGAGCAUGUAAGAUCUUAUUUCAAUGGUGAUCUUGAAGCACCCCGUCGACGUGCUGAUGAUUCACAAAAAGUCAAGCUUGAAUUAAAGGAGUUCAACGGAAAGCAUGAUCCACAGGUAUUUUAUGAUUGGUUGGCUGCUUUAGAUGACUAUUUUGAUUGGUAUGAGUUGUCUGAGUCACGUAAGAUGAGACUAGCACGUACUAAGCUAGUUGGCUCAGCCCGCGAAUGGUGGAGAACUGAAGAAAGGGAUCUAGAAGAUCGUGGUAGAGCUCCCAUUACUUGGGAAGAGAUGAAAGAAGAUCUUAGUGCCAAAUACUUACUACGACACUUUAGAUCACAACUGCAGGACAAGCUGAAUACUCUUCGUCAAGGGAGUAUGUCCGUUGCAGAGUAUAUGGAGCAGUUUGAUUCACUCUAUUCACGCACUGGCAUCAGGGAGAAUGAAUUACAGGUACUUUCCCGCUUUCGUUUGGGUUUGAGAUCUGAUAUAAAUCGUGCUAUUGGCGUAGUAGAUGUAUCCAAUGUCAGGGAAUGCUUCGAGAAGGCAGUACAUGCAGAGGAGUUACUAGCUCCUACGGGUAGAAGGUUUGGAUAUCAAGCUAGAGAGAUCACAAAAAAUUUUUCAGCAAAAAAUCCUACUUCUUAUCCUCCACGUACCACACCUUCUCCACGUGCUGAUCACAAGGGGAAAGCACCUAUGCCUAGCACUGCCACAGUGCAAUGCUUUCAUUGUCAGGAGAGGGGACAUUAUGCCAAAAAUUGUCCUACACAUCACAAAGUAGCAGUGAUGGUUGACGCUGACGAUACUCCUGAUGAAGAUAAUUCCCAUAUCUUUCCAAUCCCAUUGGAAGAAGAAGACGAAAAUGUUGAUUAUUAUGAUGGGGCUGAAGCAAAUGAAGAUGACUCCUAUGGAAUUCAUGUGGUUUCUCGCAUAUUGGUGGCUGAAACCAAAGGCGAGGAUUGGCGACGUACAUGCAUAUUUUACAGCCGCAUGCGUUCAGCUGAUCGCACUGUUCAGGUGAUAGUUGACAGUGGCAGCUGCGUUAAUGUUGUCUCUGAGUUGUUUGUGAAGAAAGCACAUUUGAAGGUAGAGAAACACCCGCAACCUUACAAAGUAUCCCUACUGAAUGGCAACACUUUGGAGGUCAAUCAGCGAUGUUUUGUUCCACUACAACUUUCUCGAUAUGAAGAAAAGGUAUGGUGUGAUGUUAUUCCUAUGAAGCUAACUGAUGUUCUUUUAGGGAGACCAUGGAUGUAUGAUAAUGAUGUUCUCACUGGCGGAAAGAAGAAUCAGUGCAUAUUUACCUUUAAAGGGCAGCGCACUAUACUUGAGCCUAUCAAUGUACCAGAGGAGAUGCGUAAGAGACAGACAUUGAGGACUAACCAGAAAGCCACCACCGAUACCAACAAGAUGCUAGUCCUUCCACAGAAGAAGAUCUUAGCUGUUCCACAAAAGCAGUUUGAGCGAACCAGCCAUGAUACAGGCAUGAUAUUAGCCCUGGUUACUAGAGAGGUCACUCCACCACCAACAGUUCAGCUCACACGGCCUAUUAGAGAGCUUCUAACAGACUUUUCUGAUUUAGUACCUGACGAGCUACCUAAUAAGCUCCCUCCCAUGCGCGAUAUUCAGCAUGCUAUUGACUUGGUACCUGGGUCUGUGCUUCCCAACCUUCCAGCUUACCGUCUCAGUCCUACAGAACACACUGAGCUCAAAAGGCAAGUUGAUGAACUACUAAAGAAGGGGUUUAUCAUUGAGAGCCUUAGUCCUUGUGCUGUACCAGCAUUACUUACUCCAAAAAAGGAUGGCUCAUGGCGUAUGUGUGUCGACAGCAGAGCAAUCAACAAAAUAACGGUUAAGUAUAGGUUUCCCAUACCACGACUUGAUGAUAUGCUAGACAUGUUGUCCGGUGCAAAGGUCUUUUCAAAAUUGGACCUUCGAAGCGGCUACCAUCAAAUUCGUAUUCGGCCAGGAGACGAAUGGAAGACCGCCUUCAAAACCAAGGAUGGACUGUUUGAGUGGAAGGUCAUGCCCUUUGGUCUGACGAAUGCACCUAGUACAUUCAUGCGAGUUAUGACACAGGUACUUCGUCCAUUUAUUGGUCGAUUUUUGGUUGUAUACUUUGAUGAUAUCUUAGUUUACAGCAAGCAUCCAGAUGAUCACAUCGACCAUUUGAAGCAAGUCUUGAGGGGGGUUGAAGCUGAUCCUGAGAAGAUCAAGAGCAUCACCAACUGGCCUACCCCGAAGACAAUCACUGAAGUCCGUAGCUUCCACGGUCUAGCCUCAUUUUACAGGAGAUUCAUUCGAAAUUUUAGUGCAGUCAUGGCACCUAUUACCGAAUGUAUGAAGCAGAGUAAAGGCAAGUUUGAGUGGACAACAGCGGCGACAAAAGCCCUCCAUCUUAUCAAGAAGAAGAUGACGGAGGCCCCGGUAUUACGCCUGCCAGAUUUUAAUCGUGUAUUUGAGGUGGCAACUGAUGCUUCGCAUAUUGGGUUGGGAGGUGUGCUGAUACAAGAAGGGCACCCUAUCGCUUUCUAUAGCGAGAAACUCAACGAUGCCAAGCGACGCUACUUGACUUACGAUUUGGAGCUCUAUGCUGUCAUCCAAGUGUUACGCCAUUGGAGACACUAUCUUAUUGGUAAGGAAUUUAUUCUUUACACCGAUCAUGAAGCACUCAAACAUCUCCAUUCUCAGAAGUCAAUCAGUCAGAAGCAUGCAAAGUGGGUUGCUUACCUACAAGAGUUUGUCUUUGCGAUGAAAUACAAGGCUGGUAAAGAGAACACGGUGGCUGAUGCUUUAAGCCGAAAAGUUCUCACUAUCAAUACUUUUUCAGCACAUGCCGUUAGUAUUGAUCAGAUACGAGAUGAGUACGCGUCUGAUAAGGAUUUCAGAGUUCUAUAUGCAGAGUUACAGCAAGGUGAGAAACACCCUAAAUGUUCUGUCCACAAUGGUUAUUUGUUCUUCGGAACGCGAUUAUGCAUUCCAGACUCCUCCCUAUGA